AUGGCGUCGACACAAUCCAACAUAUUGUUCGAUGACCUGUUCACUAUCACAGAUAUCGACAUGGAUGGGAAAAAGUAUGAUCGGGUGUCUCGACUAGUCGCUACAUCUGCAAAUUUAGGGAUGCAUCUGACAUUGGAUUUCAAUACUGAGAUCUACCCUCUUCAAGCUGGAGAGAAAUUUACGCUGGUGCUGGCUUCGACCCUUGCACGUGGUGGUGCUGCUGAAGCCACCGAAGGAAAGGAUGUUUGGAGGCCUGAUGGCAAAGGCCAACAAGGGCUGGAAGAAGAUUACGAGUAUGUCAUGUACGGAUAUGUGUACAAAUACGAUGAAGGAGAGGGGGACAACGUAACAGCAUACAUAUCCUAUGGCGGCCUCUUAAUGUCUCUUACUGGAUCGCACCGACACAUGCAGGGCAUUGUUGUUGGAAGCCGAUUGUAUUUGUUAAUCAGGAAGUAA